AUGAGUCCCGCUUCAACCACUGAUGCUACCAACGGAACUGAUCCAGCCACCAAGGCCCGAUACGGCAAUCCUUUGCCCUCUUCAUGGAUCCCCCUUAACGAGAAGCCUUGCGGUACGCCCACUCGGCGCCUUCGGAUUGUCACCAUUGGCGCCGCUGUGGCAGGGAUGGGUUUCGCCUACAAGUUACAACAAGAGCACAAGCUAACCACUGGAUGCGUCAACGGAUUGGAUGGUUCACUGGUGGAUCAUACGAUUUACGAAGCGCAUAAAGACAUCGGUGGCACAUGGCUAGUGAACACAUAUCCUGGUGUGGCGUGCGAUGUUCCAGCGCAUGUUUAUGCCUUUCCCUUCGAGCCUAACCCCACCUGGAGCUCUUUUUACGCCAGCGGUGAGGAAGUGCUAGCAUAUUUCAAACGGACAGUGGCCAAAUACAAUCUCGACCGGGAUGUGAAGCUGAACCACAAAGUCGAGCAUGCCAGAUUCGACGAGGCAGAGGGACGAUGGCAUCUUAAAGUCCGACGAAUGGACACAAGCGAGGUGAUUGACGACGUCUGUGACGUGCUCGUAUCCGCCACGGGCUUCCUUUCGCACUGGCAUUGGCCUUCGAUACCAGGUCUCGACGAUUUCCAAGGCCACCUCGCGCACAGCGCAGGCUGGGACUCACAGGGCGAAUAUGACUACAACGGCAAGAGGAUCGGAAUCAUCGGAAACGGGAGCUCCGCCAUCCAGAUCAUGCCGCGGCUGGCCCCUGGGGCAGCACACCUGGUCAACUUUAUCCGGCACCCGACCUGGAUCACGGCUGGGCUGGGCUCGGCUGCCAUCGACGGUGCUGCGAACUACACCUACACAGAUGCCGAGAAGCGAGAGUUUAUCGAGAACCCAGAGAGUCUGAAGCAGUACCGGAAGCGACUGCAGCAGGCGACCAACGAGGGCUUCGAGAUGUUUGUGAAGGGCAGUCAAGCACAGAAGGAAGCGUACGAGGCUACAUCCCAAGCCAUGCUAGACCGCCUUGGAGGCGACCAAGAGCUUGCGAAGAAGCUGAUCCCGGACUGGGAGGUGGGUUGCCGCCGUGCGACGCCAGGACCAGGAUAUCUGGAGGCUUUCACGAGAGACAACGUCUCCAUUGUCAGCGACAGCAUCGAGCGCAUCACAACAUCCGGAAUCCGGACCCACAGUGGAGAGGAGUUUGAGUUGGAUGCCAUCGUCUGCGCCACGGGCUUUGAUGUGAGCCAUCGGCCACCGUGGCCACUGAUCGGACGGUCAGGUAUCAGCCUUUCGGAGCACUGGAAGGAAGAGCCAUAUUCAUAUUUGAGUCUGAUGGCGGCCGGUUUCCCAAACUUCUUCAUGUUUGGUGGUCCGAAUAGCCCGGUGGGCCAUGGAAGCUUGAUGAGCCAGUUACAGUGGAGCGCGGAAUGGAUGUGCAAGUGGGUGAAGAAGAUGGCUUGUGAGGAUAUCAAGUUUAUUGACCCUAAGCCAGAGGUGGUGGAAGAGUUCAAUGCCUACGCAGACGAGAUCAUGCAGACGUUGGUGUGGUCUGGUGGCUGCAGGUCAUGGUACAAGAAUCAUCGGGUCGACGGACGGGUCACAGCUGUCUGGGCUGGAAGUGCGAUCACAUACUACGAGAUGAUCCAAGACCUGCGGCCUGAAGACUUCGAUAUUGUAUACAGAUCGAGAAAUAGGUUCAGAUUCAUGGGUAACGGUAGGGCUGCCAUGGAGAGUACCCCAGGAGCUGAUCUGGCGUUCUAUAUAUACAAGUAG